CUCAGGGAGCAGGACAACCAAGGAGGCUUCUGCCGUCAGCAGAGGUUGGCCGGGACAGUUUCUCAAGGGGCUGAGAAGUGAGUGGGAGCCAGGCAUGUUCCUCAAGAUAGAAAAAGGCCCAUUACACCAAAAUGCGUCAGUGUCUUCCUGACGGAAGUUCCCUUUUAUCCACUGUGGAGAUGGAACAAGAAAAAAUCAGUCUGAGCAAAGAGUUGAAUCCAGAUUCAGCCUCUUACCGCUGUUCAGCAUGUCACGGAGAUGAGGACUGGAGCUAUGGGAAUCCCAUCCGGGGUCGAGCCAAGUCUCGGAGUUUAUCUGCCUCACCUGCCCUGGGGAGCACAAAAGAAUUCAGGAGGACCCGUUCUUUGCAUGGGCCGUGCCCAGUGACCACUUUUGGACCAAAGGCUUGUAUGCUGCAGAACCCCAAGACCAUCAUGCACAUUCAGGAUCCAGCAAGCCAGCGAUUGACAUGGAACAAAUCUCCAAAGAGUGUCCUUGUAAUAAAAAAGAUACGAGAUGCCAGCCUCCUGCAGCCUUUUAAAGCUCUCUGUGUAUAUCUUAUGGAGGAAAACAACAUGAUCGUUUAUGUGGAAAAAAAAGUUUUAGAAGACCCUGCUAUAGUGAACGAUGAACAUUUUGGAACCGUGAAGAAGAAGUUCUGCACCUUCAGGGAAGAUUACGAUGACAUCUCAGAUCAGAUAGACUUCAUCAUCUGCCUGGGAGGAGACGGGACCUUGCUUUACGCUUCUUCCCUUUUCCAGGGGAGUGUGCCUCCAGUGAUGGCCUUCCACCUAGGAUCCCUCGGCUUUCUCACCCCGUUCAACUUUGAAAACUUUCAGUCCCAAGUCACCCAGGUGAUAGAAGGAAAUGCUGCCAUCGUUCUCCGAAGCAGGCUCAAGGUGAAGGUGGUCAAGGAGCUCCGGGAAAAGAAAGCCCUGAUCCCGAACGGCAUCGAUGAGAACGGAGUGCUACCUCCCAGCCUGGAGAAGGAGAGCGGCAGGCAGAUGAUGUACUACCAGGUUCUAAAUGAAGUGGUGAUCGAUCGGGGUCCCUCCUCAUACCUCUCUAAUGUUGAUGUUUAUCUAGAUGGACACCUGAUAACAACAGUCCAGGGGGAUGGAGUGAUUGUGUCCACGCCAACUGGGAGCACAGCCUACGCCGCUGCUGCAGGAGCCUCCAUGAUUCAUCCCAAUGUGCCCGCCAUCAUGAUCACGCCCAUCUGUCCACACUCGCUGUCCUUCCGGCCCAUCGUGGUGCCUGCUGGCGUGGAGCUCAAGAUCACACUGUCGCCAGAAGCUAGGAACACAGCGUGGGUUUCAUUUGAUGGGCGGAAGAGACAAGAAAUCUGCCAUGGAGACAGCAUCAGCAUCACUACCUCUUGUUACCCUCUCCCCUCCAUCUGUUUCCGGGACCCUGUGAGUGACUGGUUUGAGAGCCUGGCAGAGUGUCUGCACUGGAACGUCCGGAAAAAGCAGAACCACUUCACUGGGGAGGAAGAGGAGUUCUAGGCGGCUGACAGCGCCCUGCGAGGUCCCCAACUCCUGGGCGGAACCGUGUGCAAAUCCUUUCAAUGUGUUCUUCUCUUACCUUAACCCCUCGACCCCUAGAACUCGACCAAUCUGUGUGUGUCUGUGUCUGUAAAUAUAUAUAUAGGAUAUAUAUAUAUAUAUUUUUGAAUACGGUGAUGUACCUCAUACCAGUUGUCUGAUCUGCUGAUGACCAGAUAUCAUGUUAUUUCCUAUCCACUGGCCAAAGGGAAGAGGUUAAAAUUUAUCUUUUUUUUGUCAACCAAAUUAACUUUGUUGAAUGUUUUGAAUUCAGUUUCCUUUUGUGUUUUAUAAAUAAGCAAAAUUAAAAAUGAGUCGGCAUUUCUAAAUGAUAUCAACAAUCCACACACGCUCAUUUGUAGUUUCAAAUUCAAGGUGAUUUUCUAUACCGACGUUAAAAAUGAUAUUACAAUAGUCUACAUAACUUCGUAUUUGUAAUUCCACAUGUAUGGAAAUUUCAUAGACCAGUGUAUUUAAAAUUCAGAGGGGAUAUGUGUGACUUAAUCUGUCCUUUGGAUUAUAAAACAAAAAAAAACUGUUCUUUGAUGUUUUGAAUAAAUGUGUCACAGCCAGAUGUCUUCCUUCAGCAGAGGAGUCUCAAACAUUUUCCCCCUCUGUACAUUUCAUUUAUCUUUAUUUUUCCUAAGACUGUCAGGGGAAAUGCUUCUGCAAAGGUCAGAAUUAAAGGACAUUUUUGGUAGUCAUUUGGAAAGAUCGGGAUUUGUUUUUGUUGUCGAAGUUCCUUGAACAGGGUGGGCUCUUUCCCACCACUUGCCCUGAGUCAGUAGCAGCCUUGACUUCUCUUUGGGCCCAUGGCUGCAACUGCUGGCGCUCACCCCGGGGCCCUGGUGGGUCCCUUGCCUCUUUUCUUUUCCUUCCCACCUUACACUCUACUUUAAAAAAAAAAAA